CCGCCUGGCACCCAAUAUGUCUACUUGAGGACGACUCAAUCCCCCACCCCCCACUUCCACGAAGUUUCCAAACGCCGGCAUGCCGGGUUACGGCACGUACCAUUGUCUAGACCCCCUCUCCGCCAUGCGCCGAAUUCUCACAGUGAAAAACUAUGAAGGAAACUAUCCAGGUUCGAGUCGCGCCGCCUGCAAGCCGGAUCGGAUCAAAAAUAUUCAUGCGCUAUUUAUAUACAUCAGCGGCGAUUACCCUCCGUCCUGCCCGUCUGUCACAUACAAAAAAUUUCCACCACAGCGCUUAUCGGGCACCAUGCUUUUGAUUCUCUCCCCCAGCUGUUAGGGUGAUGCACGGGUACGUCAGCCGUUAUUUAGCGUUCGUGAGUAGUUUGCAAUUCGUUCUCGAUUCUACAUCGCAAAAAAGGACAAUGACGUCGCCGGCUCGCACUGUAUCAAAGGUGACAUGAAUAGCUAAAGCGAAAAGAAUGGAAAAAAGCCUUACCAUCUUGCCCCCUUUGCUUCCCCAUUAUUUCCGCCGCCCGGUUCCUCUUCAUCUUCGUCCCGUCGCUGCAACCCCUCGUUUUCCCAUUUUUUCCCGACUUCGAGACCCCACUGUCUGGCUCCGUGUCUUCUCAAUCUAAAGUCGUCCCUGCCGCAUGGUCAGUACGUCGAACAACGAGAAGGCGAGAAAACCCACAUCUCGCCGCCAUCGCUACGAACGCUUUCUUCUACGAGAUGAUUAUCGGGGACGGCUUCCCCGAUGGAUCUCGCGUUUCACAGGCUACCGUCAGCCCGGCGAUGAGCCGCCUUAUGAUCCUCUACCGUUCCCGCCUUUUAACUGGUUGGUCAAGAUUCCUUUGAGGGUCGAGGUAUGGAUAUUCGCUUGGAUAGGCUGCUUUGGAGGGAUCCUCCUCAUUGAAGCCAUCAUGUGCACCAACACAGCUUUUCGCAAUGUGUACUCCUCCCCUAUCAUCAUCACUUCCUUCGGCGCAUCGGCCGUCCUUCUUUUCGGUGCAAUCGAGUCACCGCUUGCUCAACCUCGCAAUUUCAUUGGCGGACACUUCGUUUCGGCUCUGGUUGGGACGGCUAUCACCAGGCUCUGGGUCCUCAACCCACGUUACCAAGAUUAUCUGGAUAAUACAGGCUUUCAUGGCAACACUUUUGUGAAUGGGGGACUGUGCAUGGCAACCGCGGCCUUGGCGAUGCUGAUCUCAGGAAUGGUCCAUCCACCGUCCGGGGCCACUGCACUCAAUGCUGCAGUCCAAACCUCGGUCGUUUCCUUGUCUUGGCGGUACCUACCUGUCGUUCUCGCCUCCGCCCUCAUCAUGCAAGGAUGGGCCCUCAUCAUCAACAAUCUGGGCCGCCGGCGGUAUCCGAUCUAUUGGUGGUCACCAAAGCAGGUAUUCGUCCGACCCGAGGUCUUAGAACACGAGAACGACGAAGAAACAGCGCUACGAACGCUUCAAGAAGGCCCUCUUCGUAGUGCGGAGGAUGCGGGAAGGACCAGGGAGACGUUGUUGGAGGCUAGAAUGCAAGGAGAGGGAGCAGGCGGCGCGGAUUUUAUGCAGGAUCCAUCCGGACAAAAUAAUAUUCCCAUGGGGGCCGUCGAGAGUCCGGAAAUUGGUGUUCCAGAGCCGCGAUUAAAACCGAUGACUGAAGGCGACCGACGUCGAGCAGAAGGCUUUGAUUAAUGCGCUUUCCUGUAGCGCCUUUGUGGAAUCGCUCACCAUUAGGAGUGCUCACAGCGCGAUUUUUUCCAGAAAUCGUCUACUUUUUCGCUUAAUUAACUAUCAUUUUUCAUCAAUUUAUUUAUUUAAUAAUCUU